CUAAAAACACAUUCCUUGUGUACUGUACUCUAAUAGAAGACAGGAGUUCCAGAGCAUCCCAUGGAAACACAAGCUGAUUGUGUGUCUCAGGAACCUCAGCUCCUGCAUGAGACACCACUUUCUCCCAAAGUUCCUGCUUCUCUUGAUGAAGGUAAUCUGGGAGACCAGAUGUUGGCCACCUCACUUCUAAAAGCCAAGUCCCAGGAACUGGUGACAUUUGAGGAUGUAGCUGUGUACUUCAUUCGGAAGGAAUGGAAACGUCUGGACCCUGCUCAGAGAGACCUCUACAGGGAUGUGAUGCUGGAGAAUUACGGGAAUGUGUUUUCACUGGAUGGUGAGACCAGAACUCAGAAUGAUCAAGAAAUUUCUGAAGCUGCAGAAUCACAUGGAGUCAUACUGGGAAGAUUCCAAAAAGAUGUUCCUUCAAGUCUCAAAUUUGGAGAAGCCUGUGAAUGGGAAGGCAAUUUAGAGAGGCAACUGGGAAACUCAAUGGAGGAAAGACUGAGGAGAAAGAUGGGAGAUUUUAGGCAAGUGAUAGUUGAGGACCAGAAAAUUCCCACAGGUGAGAGAGUUCAGCAAUACAAAGAAUUUGGGAGUAGUUUUAGUCUUAAUUCAAACCUUGUUAUUCAUCAGAGAGGCUCUGUGGGAGAUAAACCCCAUAAAUGUGAUGAAUGUGGCAAAAGCUUUAAUCGAACUUCAGACCUCAUUCAGCAUCAGAGAAUCCACACAGGGGAGAAGCCCUACGAAUGUAAUGAGUGUGGGAAAGCCUUCAGUCAAAGCUCACACCUUAUUCAGCAUCAGAGAAUUCACACUGGAGAGAAACCUUAUGAAUGUAAUGACUGUGGAAAAACCUUCAGUUGUAGCUCUGCCCUUAUUCUACAUAGGAGAAUCCAUACUGGAGAGAAGCCCUAUGAAUGUAAUGAGUGUGGAAAAACUUUUAGUUGGAGUUCAACUCUUACUCAUCAUCAGAGAAUCCAUACUGGGGAAAAACCUUAUGAAUGUAAUGAAUGUGGGAAAGCAUUCAGUCGGAGCUCAACGCUUAUUCAUCAUCAAAGAAUUCAUACUGGAGAGAAGCCCUAUGAAUGUAAUGAAUGUGGAAAAGCCUUUAGUCAGAGCUCACAUCUUUAUCAGCAUCAGAGAAUCCACACAGGAGAGAAACCCUAUGAAUGUAGGGAAUGUGGUGGAAGAUUCACCUAUAGCUCAGGUCUUAUUCAGCAUCAGAGAAUUCAUACAGGGGAGAAUCCCUAUGAAUGUAGUGAGUGUGGGAAAGCUUUCAGGUAUAGCUCAGCCCUUGUUCGUCAUCAGAGAAUACACACUGGAGAGAAAUCUUUGAAUGUGAUGACUAUGGGCAAAGGCUCCAUCAGAGUUGCUGCAUUAAAUAUCAGGGAAUCCAUCCACAUGAGAGAGUGAGAGCCUGCUUCCCGGGUAAAAACAAUGAAUACAAGAAAACCUUUGGUUGGAGCUUGUUCUUAAGAGUCUUGACAAAGUCCAUCCUGAGGAAUAUUCUAUGAAUAUGAAGAAUGUGGGAAGUUUCCUCUUAACUGGAACUCUGCCACCAUAAAGUGAAGUGUAUGGGGCAAAAGACCUUGACCUCUAUCCCAUCUGAGCCAAUGAAGAGGGGCCAGCAAUCUAGGUAGCUUCCUCCAGGAUUGGUCUGAGUUAUGAAAGUAAAACUCCCCAAAGAAUAGUUGAUUGAAUGCUAAGGAUAGAAGGGAACUCUGGUCCUGAUAAUAUUUCUUGGAAAGGAGUUUACCAUUCACCUUUAUAUAUAUAUAUAUAUAUAUACACACACACACACACACACAUCAGGGGAACUUUUUUGGAAGAAAAAAAUAAAUUUCAUGGCCUCAUUUUCAACAACUAGACAGAUUGUAGGGGUGAGGAUAUUGUUAGGAAGGGAAAAUGUAGGCUAUCUCAAAAAAUAGUUUUUCUACUAUCUACUGAAGGGGAUUUCCUACCAUAUCUCUAAAGGAAGUGGGGGAAUGUAAUGUGGGUCCUGAGGAAUGGUCAUCACUAUUCAGAGACCAAAACAAUGCAAGAAAGUUUUGGGUCUCAUUUGUCCUCAAUGAGAAUAUGGCAACAGUUUGGGUUCUUGGACCAGGAUGGCUUUCCAAGCUUCCUAGAUUGUUUUCCUAAUCCUUAUUUCCCUUCCAAUACAAAUGAAACGCUAUAUCACUUUUUCAGUCUAUUGAAACAAGUGUUUUGGUGUGAAUGAAUGAAUAUGAAUACAUUUUUGUUUCAGGAUGCAAGCAUUUCUCCUCCACUUCCCCUUCCCCCCAAUAAACCAGGAAACUUAUCUUGGCUGUGGUUUUGACCUUUUUAAAAACUAUCCAAUUUAACCAUACUCAUUCUUCCUUUCUCUGUUCUUUUUGAGAGUCCCAGCACUUAUCUGUUUCUUGUGUGUACACAACAUCUGAGGCCACUGGGAAAGAUGGAUCAAGAUUAGCUGAGGCAGCAGUAGCCCUGGAACUUAGCCUUGCCGGAGAGAA